CGCGACUUGUCAAAUAACAUGGUGCCUUCGGCCUUCCUAGAAUGGGAGAGUAACAGUUCACUGGGUGAUAACUUCCUAUUUUUAAUCUUGGAACUCACGUAACCUACAUUAUUUAUAACUGACACGACACAUGAACAAUAAACGAUUCCGGGAAAUUUCCCCUCGUCUUGAAUACUGAAGUCAUUUGCAUAAAAAAGUCUCUGCACGUUUUUAAUUUUCUGGUUGCUCAGCUUAUUCUGUUUGGAGGAGACGUCUUGCAGAAAUGGCAUCUUCGUCAGGUAACGGUACUCAUCAUGAGGAGUCUUACCUUGCAACCAUAGGGAUAGACUUUGGCACAACCUUCAGUGGGUUUGCUUUCUCAUUCAACAAAGACGAAGGGAAAGAUGCGAUUUUUUUGAACCGGGAUUGGGUCAAUGAUCAGGGCCAUCGAACCAGCAAGACCCCAACAUGUCUGCUUCUUAAACCAGACUUGUCAUUUGACUCGUUUGGGUACACAGCGAUGGAGAGAUACUCCGGUUUAAAAAGCAUGUAUGAAGAAAAAGAAUUCUUCUUUUUCCAGCAUUUUAAGAUGGAGUUGCACAACGAAGAGACCAUUGACCUGCAAGCUACCAUCCCUGACGCCAGAUAUAAACGCGUACAAGCAAAGAAAGUGUUUGCCCAUGCCAUACGGUUUCUGGGAGAUGAGGCGAUUAAUUUCAUUCGCCAAGAAACUGGAGAUCAGAGUUUCAAGGUUGAAGAUGUUUUGUGGGUUCUGACUGUACCAGCCAUAUGGAGUCCAAGAGCAAAACAGUUGAUGAGAGAAGCAGCUUAUGAGGCUGGUACCGUCUGUCGUGAUCAUCCAGAGCAGUUGGUUAUCGCUUUAGAACCUGAAGCGGCCGCGAUAUUCUGCACUGAGAGAAAAAUGGACGCGAUACUGUCAGAGAAACUUGAUGUGUCAGUGGAUGGACUUUUGUCCCAACUGAAUGCACAGUACAUGGUUGUCGACAUUGGAGGAGGUACUCUUGACGUCACCGUCCACGAAAAGCAAGAUGACGGUAGAAUUAGGGAAAUCCACAAGGUUACAGGUGGGCCCUAUGGCGGAAACAAGGUGAAUCAUCAGUUCGAAGGUCUUCUAGAUGAGCUAUUUGGUGCCGAAAAACUUUAUGAGUACCGCAAGCUAUUUCCCAUUGACUGGCUUCACUUAAAAAAUGAUUUCGAGGAGAAGAAACGCGGCGUUCGUUCUCAACAAAAAAAGGAAACCCGAAUUCGUCUGCCGUAUAGCUUUGUUUCGACCAUUAAUAAAUUUUUGCCUCAUUCUCUGGCCCGUUACGGCGAAGGUGAAAUUAAACUGCAAAGGAACGAAUAUCUCUGCCUCAGCCCAAGCGUGAUGAUAAAACAGUUUGAACCUGUUUUGGAAGCAAUGAAAGAUCAUUUGGAUGUCUUACUGAGCAAACCAGAGCUUUCAAAAGUAAAAGUAAUGCUACUUGUUGGAGGAUUUGCAGAAUCUCCUAUUCUUCAGCAGAAAAUAAUGGAAAAGUUCAACUGUAGAUGCCGUGUGAUUGUACCACGUGACGCAGCUAAAGCAGUGGUUCAGGGAGCCGUGAUGUUUGGUCAGCUUCCCGAUAGAAUUUCCCAAAGGGUUAUGUCCACAACAUAUGGCUGUGCCUGCUGCCGAGAUUUUAUACAAGGUAUCCAUCCAAAUGAAAAGAAAUUCAUAGCUGAUGGCGUAGAAAAGUGCCGUGACUUAUUCGCUUGUUUCGUUAAGGAAGAUGAAGAGGUGAAACUUGGUCAAAGAAUCCGGCAAGUCUUUCACCCAGUGUACGCUAACCAGACAGAGGUACCCUUUGGAUUUUACACCUCAAGCAACGCCGACGCACAAUUCGUUACCGAACCAGGCUUGACUAAGAUUGGAAACCUGGUUGUUCAUUCUCCCGUUACCCGUGGUGGUCGUGACAGAGAUAUCGAGGUCAGCUUAUACUUCGGUGGUACCGAAAUUACAGCCACAGCUUUAGAUGUUUCAAGUGGGAAUGUAAAACAAACAACUCUUGACUUUUUCCCUAAGUCUUAAAGGUGCGAAAAUUAACAUGUCCUGUCAUGGACUAUAUAAUUUUUAUGGACUUACUCGGCAAAAAGUUAUCAGCUUGUGACACAUUCUGUCUUUUAGUGUGUAACAUCGCUUUCAAAUUGAAGUAGCCACUGUUUAUCAAACCAAACAAAGAUGUGAAAAAAAACAAAAAAACAAAAAAACCAACAAACAAAUAGUACUUUAAAGCAAGAGAUUACGAACUGUUAAUAAGCCUUGGUUGAAAAGAGUUGAAAAAGCCUUAAAAAGUCAAAUCACAAAGAAAGGAAUCAAAACAAAACAAAAACUGAGAAAUUGUAAAUGGAACAAUCGAAACACACAAACAAAAAACAAAGAGUUAAAAGGUCUCUAGCUGGCUGCAAAGCCAUAGUAUAUGGAGGCGUAAAAAUACUUUUUGUCUUAGAAUUUAAAUUACAACGUUGUAUGUGCUACUUUUAUAAAGUUCCAUUUAGACACAAUUAAAUUGGUUAAAAAAUAAAAUAACAGUUUAAUAAACUGAGGGUUGUCAUCAUAGUUUCGAUGAGCCCUCUACAUGUACGUAGCAUCCCCACCAUUCUAUUUUUAGUGCUUCAUCUGAUUUGAUUAUUAUAAUUGUUCAUACAUGAAGUUUGUUUCUGUUAAGGAUCAUUGUUUUCUCGUUGCCGUCUCUUGCAUUUCUCUCUAAUAUUCUCGUGUCGAUCUUUUGCUGUUGUUUGGUUCCUUUUCAUUUGAUAACUUUCUUUAAAACAAUAUCUUAUGGGAUUGAAAUCAGUUAACGCAGAAUAGAUCUUAAAAACAUUAGUUAAUUUUUUUGAAAAAAAUUGAACAAGGAUCAAAAGCAGCUAAUCAACUACGACAAGUUUGGGUCAAGAAAGUCUUUUUCUUUCAUGAUAUUUGGGUUUUCCGCGCUUUUGAUUUCCCGCAAAUGACGGCUAAAACAGCAGCAGCGUCCAUGGAUAGUCUGAGACCAAAUCUGAACGAGCUGUUCUCCAUUCUGAUGAAAUGAGAUAAAACUAGGGCUGUUAGGGGUUCCAUCGCAGGGCAAGAGGCCAUCUCGGUUUCAGGUCUGGACCAACAAUAAACCACGAAUUGUGCCUAAUAUUUUGAUGUGAAUAGGUUACUUCAUUGGCCCCAGUCGAGAUCAACUGAGUAGGAAAAAGGGGGAAUUGCAUCAAGAUAAGCCAAAAAUGAACUACAGAUUUCUGAACAUAAACUCUUUCCUGCCUCGUAGCUACCUAAAUACAUUACUAAGAAGGUCUAAGGAGAAAUAUUAAGUAAGAAGCACAUCUCACUUAUUAUGAAACAUUAGUUGUUGAAGACCCUCGUAUGCAUUUAGAAAACGUCCCUUAAGUUCGUGUGAAUGAUGAUGGUACAAACUCCGGAUGGUCCGUUUUCAUGUUAUCAA